GCCUUCCGUCCGCGACCUAGAGCCCGUUCGUUGCCCGUUGCCUCUCUCUCCUCGACUCCCCCUAUCUCGCGCCGCCCACGGCGAAUGCGCGGAGCAAAAUCCUCGCGCUCCCCGAUCGCGUACCGUGCACGUCGCCGGAGGAGUGCGGCCGCCGAUUGCCCUCGCGGGCGGCGGAGCCGGCGCCCUCCCUACGCGGACCAAGCGCUGCCUCGAUGCGCGCCCAAUCCGAUCGCCGCGUGAUGUCCCGCAACGGAGUUUUGAGGGACAAUUCAGGGGAAAGCCAUUCAGUUGCAUUAGAUGGUUGUUUCUGAAAUGAUCUCAUUUUGUGACUCUGACACAUGAUUGUGUGUGCUAUGUGAAAUGGCUUCAGAGUUUUUGAAGAAUGGUCCCUUUGAUAGGGAUGUUGAACAGGCAAUAACAGGCUUGAAGAAAGGGACGCAUCUGUUGAAAUAUGGCCGCCGAGGAAAACCAAAAUUCUGUCCGUUCAAACUUUCAAAUGAUGAAACUAUGCUCAUCUGGUACACUGGGAAAGUGGAGAGGCAAUUGAGACUCAAUCAAGUUUCAAGAAUAAUACCUGGGCAGAGGACGGCUAUCUUCCAGCGAUACCCAAGACCUGAUAAGGAGUUUCAGUCAUUUUCCCUUAUAUAUGGCCAUAGAUCAUUAGAUCUGAUUUGCAAAGACAAGGAUGAAGCGGAGGCAUGGUUUGUUGGUUUAAAGGCACUUAUUUCUCGAUGGGUGAUGGAGACAAAAGAUGGGAAAGUGUCUGAUAACCCAGCUAAGCAUAUUCAGCAAGUUUCACCAUUGUUGUUUCCAUUUUAUGGUAAUGAUGCCAAAAAAAGUGACUUGCAAAAUGUCAAUGCUCAUGAAGUCAUUGGAUUUGGAAAUAUUUUCUCUGAUGUGAUAUGCACUGGACAGGACAGGAGUAGAAUAAGUGCAGGGUCUAUCGGUGCUUCUAGCUCCGUCUCAUCUGGAGGUGCAGAUACAUCCAGUGGAGGAGCAUCUGGAGUUAGCUAUUCAAGAUCAGUAAGUUCAUCCAGCUAUGGAUCAGGUGAUGAUUUUGAUUCGUCGGGGGAUGUUUUCAUUUGGGGAAAAGGUGUCGGUGCUUAUGCUUCACAUACAUCUGGAAAUCUGCAUGAUUCUAGGAGUGAUCUAUCUUCACCAAAGGCGCUGGACUCAACGUUUUUGUUGGAUAUUCGCAGCAUAGCUUGUGGGAGUAAGCAUUUAGUGCUUGUUACCAAACAAGGAGAAAUAUACAGCUGGGGGGAAGAGUUAGGGGGUAGGCUUGGACAUGGAGUUGAUGCUGAUGUUUGUCACCCUAAGCUUAUCAGAGCUUUGAGUGGAAUAAUUAUUGAAUCUGUUGCCUGCGGGGAAUUCCAUACUUGUGCUGUCUCUUUUUGCGGGGAUCUCUACACGUGGGGUGAUGGCACACAUUAUUCUGGUGUUCUUGGUCAUGGAAAUGAUACUGCUCAUUGGAUUCCAAAGAAGGUCUAUGGCCCUUUGGAAGGUCUGCACAUAUCUUUAGUAUCAUGUGGACAAUGGCAUACGGCCAUUGUGACAUCAUUAGGCCAAUUGUUCACCUUCGGUGAUGGAGUAUUUGGUGCACUGGGCCAUGGAGAUCGCCUAAGCACAAACAUCCCAAGGCAAGUGAACUCUCUGAAAGGAAUGCGUGUUCUGCGUGCAGCUUGUGGCACUUGGCACACAGCUGCAAUAGUUGAGAUUGUAGACUUUCUUGAUCCUGCUGCAGCCACCAAACUAUUUACAUGGGGAGAUGGGGACAGAGGUCAGCUUGGACAUGUCGACAGAGAAGCAAGGUUCAUACCAGCCUGUGUGGCAUCGCUUUUAGAACCUAGUUUUUGCCUGGUAGCUUGUGGGCAUGACUCUACUGUUGCUCUAUCAACCUCUGGGCAAGUGUACACCAUGGGCAGUAAUGCUUUUGGGCAGCUUGGAAAUCCAAAGACUGAUGGAAAGUUCCCUACUCUUGUUGGAGGGAUCAUCUCUAGUAGUUUUAUUGAAGAAAUAGCAUGUGGUUCUCAUCACAUUGCUGUGCUGACUUCUAAAGCUGAAGUUUAUACUUGGGGCAGGGGUGCAAAUGGUCGUUUAGGACAUGGAGACAGUGUCAAUCGAAACACUCCAACUCUUGUUGAAGCUUUAAAAGAUAAGCUAAUCAAGAGUGUAGUUUGUGGAGCUGAUUUCACUGCUGCUAUAUCUCUCCAUAAGUGUGCAUCCGGUUUAGAUCAGGCAGUAUGCUCUGGCUGUCACUUGCAAUUCGGUUUUAGAAGAAAACGACACAACUGUUAUAACUGUGGUUUAGUUUUUUGCAAAGCAUGCAGCAGUAGAAAAUCAACGAGAGCUUCUUUGGCACCUGAUUCAUUCAAGCCGUACCGGGUAUGCGAUGAGUGCUACACCAAACUCAGUACUGUGGCAGAUGGAAAAAAUCUGAGAAAUUCAGGGCUUCUUGAGGGAAAUCCUCAUCAAUUGUCCAGGGAAGCCACUGAUCCAGAUAAGAGUUUGCGGUCACGACUGUCUAAGCUUUUGACUUGUGAUUCGUUCAAGCCCGAUGGUAAAUACUCACUGGGUACCGGCCAACUUCCUCUAGCUCGCAUACGAAACAUGAAUCGGAGUACUACGAACUUGAUUGGACAGUCCAAGGAGUUGAUAUCUUCUUGCGUUCCUACCUCAAAAGUAGGCUCUCAUUCCCAGCCAACAUCGCCUCUGUCCUCCGGACCAAGUUCGCCAAAUCCUAUCCGACAAGAAAAUAAGUUAAGUGAGAAUCUUACUGAAGAAGUUGCUAGACUGAAGUCCCAGGUGAACAAGCUGACCCACAAAUCGGAACUACUUGAAGAUGAACUUGCAAAGGCUAAUAAUCAAUUAAGGGAGGUCAGGGCUACUGCUGAUUUAGAAAACUUGAAGUGCAAAGCAGCGAACGAAAUUAUCAGUGUCCUUAAAACUCAGAUCAAAGCUAUGACACCAAGACCUGAGUGUACUUCGAAAGGCAGUUGGGCUGAUCAUGUAUCUAAGUUGUUUGGAAGUCAUCCCCGCGAUAAUAAUUUGCAGGAUGUUCAUAGGCCACCUGAUUCCAGUGGCCAGCAGGCUCAUCGAUCGUCCUGCAAUGGAAAUAGCAUUGUAGCUGAUGCAGAAUGGAUCGAACAGGUUGAACCUGGUGUUUACAUCACUGUGUUCCGCUCACCUGCAGGUCAGAAGUACCUCAGGCAUGUGCGUUUUAGUAAGAGACGUUUCACAGAACAACAAGCAGAACUAUGGUGGGCCAACCACCGAUCAACCCUACAAGAGCAAUAUGGUAUUCUGCCUGGAGACAGUAUCUUCCUAUCAAGAACAAUUCGCGAAAAGGGAUAGGCUAAUCUCUUCGACUAAUUGGUGCAUAUAUCAACUUAUCCUGCCAGAAAAUGUAUAUUUCCUUUUUUCUUGAGCAAAAAAUGUAUGUCUUUUUGGAGGUGAUUUCCUGUUCUUUCUUCUGGGUAGUUGCAUCCGAGAAGCAAUGGGAGGUGUGUGCUGGAGAUUAAGCUCACUGAAUUCCUUGGCCUCAUCCCACUCCAGCUGGAUGGAUAUUACUCACGGCUUCCAUCGUUGUGUUCUCUGUACAAAAGAUACAGCAAAGGAUGAGGUUUUACGAAAAGAGGAAGAUACGAAGAGGGUUGUAUAUCUCAUAGUUCGUUGUGGCCAUUUGUCUGAGUUUACUUGUAGUUUGUGCAUGAGGGGUCUGAGUUUACUUGUAGUUUGUGCAAAAUGUCUCUGCAGUGGUGGUUAACAUAGGUAAUCCGUGUGUUCUGGAGCUUCA